AAACAUAUGGAUUCUAUUUAUCUUCAUAAAAAAGCUUUUAUUGAGUCACAAAUAUCUCUUCUUUCGAGACCUCUUGAUCCGCCUCCUAAUUGGAGGGAAAAUGCUAAACUAGAUGAAGAUGGGAAUGAAUUGUCAGAAGCUGCUGUUAUACAUGCAAUUUAUUGCUUAAACGUGUUAUUGCGUAAGCAAUACCGUAUUAUAUUCAGUUCUCAAGCAAUUCGACAUGUUUCUGAGCAGAUUGAUCGACUAUAUCAUUCAUCUAAUGAGGUUUCUUUAAUAGAACCUGUGCAAUGUGAUUUUCAAUCUCUUGAUGAUAUUGAAAAACUUCCAGCAGUUUGGCCAUCAGAUGAUGAAAAAAGUAGCGAAAAAUAUACAAAUCUUCGUGCACGAUUGCUUUCACUUGCACCGGCUUUAGAUCAUCUUCAACAAAAACAUGCAUUUUACGAGUCAAUCGAAUCAUCAUUAAGACAAUUAAGACAACAAACAGAUCUUUCAUCUCGUAUUUCUGUUGAACUUGAACGAACAAAGAAACUAACGGCAAAAAUUGGGCAAAAACUUAAGAAAAGUAACAUUAAAUUAAAUCCUCAAAUACAGCAAACAGAGCCAGAAUCUUUUAUGGAGUUUUGUUCACGAAUAAACCCUGAUAUUAUAAACUAA